UGUUUUGGUGUAUUUCGGAGGGUCGGACGGUAUAUUUUAACGAUAAAUCCGCGGUCACACUGUGCACACAGCUCUAUUUUGCGAUGGCCUAAAAAAAAACAAAGCCCGUCCCGUGUAAAAAUAUUCAAAAAGUGUGUGUUAUAUCAAACAAAUCGUAACUCUAGCUCUAAUUAACAUCGAUUGGAACGACAAUUAAGUGCUGAGUGCAGUUGAAAAACAAUUUCUUGACAUGGACAAACGGGACAAAAUAACGCAAAAGGAAAAGUUUUUUUUUUCUCAACGUUCUCUUUGAACGCAUUUCGUUCACACACAACACACACUCACGCAAAACCAACGCGCAGCGCAUAUACACAAAGAAAGCAGGCAAAAAGGCAGUGAAAAUCGACAAGCGUGUGAGCGAGAGAGAAGGAGAGCGCGCGCAGGUUUCGCGGUAAAGAGGCACUCACACAGAAACACACACACGUAAAGUGAGUGAAGGCAGCAGGAUAAAACAGGAGCGACGAAGAUGAGCCAAAGCAUAAAAGUGAAAAAUAAUUAAAGGUUGCCUGGCAGUGGUCGAAGGAGCGGUACUGUGCGGUGCAGCAGUGUUCGGUGUACGGUGUACGGUGUGGUGUGUGGAAAGAGUGAAACGGAGCAGCGGUCGAACAGCGAUUCCCCUACAAAUUGGCCAUUUUGGCGUUGUUCUCCCCUCCUCUCCUGCGACCAUUCUUAUUUUUGGCAGUCGUCGUCGUCAAAUCUCUCUCUCAUUCUCUCUCUCUGUCUUUUGGUUUGGUGUUGCUCUCUCCCCCAGCCACUGCUUCAGUGGGGGGUACGAAAAAUUCACAUGCAACAACAACGACAAAAAACAAUAGCAGCAGCAGCAGAAGCAGCAGCAGCAGCAGCGCCAGAGGCAGCAGCAGAAGUGGCAGUGGGAAUCGCAGUCGCGCUCGCAGUCGACGCAGACGACACAGGCAGAGCCAGAGCCCCAGUCGACGAAAUAAAUGUAUUUUGUAUAUAUAUAAAACGAAAAAUAAAUAGUUUUUAAAUCAAUUUAAAGAAUCCUUAAGCCCCAAAAUAUACAAUAACGGUAAAAUAACAUCGCAAAGUAAAAGGAAUGUAAAAUUUUAAUUAAAAAGCAAAAGGCAAAGUAAAACAAAAAAACAUAGAGGAAAACGUCAAAAACGCUCAACAAAAUAUUCGCCUUUUACACGAUUGCAAUUGAGCGUUCACGGAUUCGAGAAUUUCAUCCAUCCAAAAAAAUAAAAUAAUAAUAAUAAAUUAAACAAGUAAAAUAAAAUAAUUAACAAAUAAAAUAAAUAAGCUCCAAAAAUCACACGAAUACAAACGCGCGCUCGGAGCAAAGGAACGGGAAAUAGAGCCAGAAACAGCGGAGCAGGGCCGCAACACCCACACACACACACGCACACACUCACACCCACACCCACACCCAUACACAUCAAUAUAAUCUCAGCCUCACGCUGGCGAAUCGCAGCGGCAGCAGCAACAACAGAGGAGGCGACUCCGGUGCCGGUGGAGGAGGGGACGGAGGACCCGCAGGUCCUUCAGUGGCCACUGGCUCUAACCGAAACAACAACAAUAAUGGCGGAGGAGCAGGCGGCGGCGGUGGUGCCGGCGGUGGCGGUGGCAACGGAGGAGGUGCAGGCGCUGGCGCCGAAGCAAACGCCGGAGGUGGAGUAGGCGGUGGCGGUGCCAAUGAAUGGAAUCCCGAAGAAAUGGACCGCUUCAGCUUCGACGACUCCAUCCGCUUCGAGGAGGACUCGCUGUGCAGCUGGAGCUCAGAGCCCGAAUCGUUGUGCAACAAUUGGCGCGGCUGGAAGAAGCCCACCAAUGCAGCCGGCGGACCUGGGGCCGGACUCGGCAUGGGUAUGGCACCAUUUGGAACGGUCGGCGGAAUGGGAGCCGGCGCUCCCGGCUCCUGUGGACCGGGCGGAAGCAGUUCGGCCAUGGUAACGAUGUCAGCCUGCGGCAGAUAUCAUGAGGUUUCCACAUUGGCCGAACUGUCCGCCCGCUGUGUCGCCUCCUACAUACCGUUCGAGCUGGUGGAGCAUGUCUAUCCGCCGGUGCCGGAGCAACUGCAGCUGCGCAUCGCUUUCUGGAGUUUCCCGGACAAUGAGGAGGACAUACGGCUGUACUCCUGCCUGGCCAAUAGCUCGGCGGAUGAGUUCAAUCGGGGCGAUCAACUGUUUCGCAUGCGAGCUGUCAAGGAUCCCCUGCAGAUAGGCUUUCAUCUGUCGGCCAGCGUGGUUAAUCAGACGCCGCGUGCGUACUUUAAUGUGGCGGUGACCUUUGACCGGCGUCGCAUCUCCUCCUGCAAUUGCACGUGCACCUCGUCGGCAUACUGGUGCUCCCAUGUGGUGGCAGUCUGUCUGCAUCGCAUCCAUUGCCCGCAGGAGGUCUGCCUGCGUGCCCCUGUCUCCGAGUCCCUGACACGCCUCCAAAGGGAUCAGCUGCAAAAGUUCGCCCAAUAUUUAAUCAGUGAGCUGCCGCAGCAGAUUCUGCCGACGGCCCAGCGGCUCCUGGACGAGCUGUUGAGUGCCCAGCCGACGGCCAUCAAUACGGUGUGCGGGGCCCCAGAUCCGACGGCGGGGGCAUCGAUUAAUGACCAAACCAGCUGGUAUCUGGACGAGAAGACGCUGCACAACAACAUUAAGCGGAUCCUCAUCAAAUUCUGUUUGCCCGCCCCGAUUGUAUUCAGUGAUGUCAACUAUCUGACCAAUUCGGCUCCCCCAGCGGCGGCCGAAUGGAGCUCACUCCUGCGACCGUUGCGGGGCAGAGAGCCCGAGGGCAUGUGGAAUCUGUUGUCGAUUGUGAGGGAGAUGUACAGGCGGUGCGAUCGGAACGCGGUACGUUUGCUGGAGAUCAUCACGGAGGAGUGUAUGGCCUGCGACCAGAUACUCAUAUGGUGGUUCCAAACGAAGCUGGCCCUGAUGAUGGGCUCCCAUGGACACAGCGGGGGUAAGCACUCGAACACGCACUCGAAUUCGACGGCCCUGCAGCAUGCGUGCAGUUCGCUGUGCGACGAGAUUGUGGCCCUGUGGCGGCUGGCCGCUCUGAAUCCCGGCCUGGCGCCGGACGAGCGGGACAUGCUGCAUGCCCAGUUCACCGCCUGGCAUCUGAAGAUACUCGAUCGGGUGGUGAAGAGCCGCAUGAUGCCCUCCUCGUACACGAACAAGCACCAGAUAAACUCCCGCUCGGACACGGAGCUCUUCAUUGGCUUCAAGCCGGCCAUUGAGGCGUGCUAUCUGGACUGGGAGGACUAUCAAAUACCGGGCGUGACCCACACCCACGACACGAAUCCCAUUUACUACUCCCCCUUCACCUGCUUCAAGCACACGGAGAUCAAGGGCGACGGUGCAGCCAUUCCCCCGGGCACGCUCAUUGCCACCCAGGCCCUGAUGAGCAACAACAAGCACUACAACUACUUUAGCUCCUCCAACGAGCAUGCAUCCGGUGGCCUGCAUCCGGGUGCCUUCAAGCAGCGCCUGGAUCGACCCUUCCGCGACCGACUGUAUGCGAGUCCUGCCAUCGAGUCGCCCAUCCUGGCCGGAGCGGGACGCCAAUAUUCCGCGGGUCUGGGACUUGCUGCCGAGGCAGGUGGCAGCAGCGGCGUGGGAGGAGUGGCGGCAGUAAACGGAGGAGGUGCUGGAGCAGGAGGUGGCAUGUCCAAUGGCGAGGCCGAUGCCGCACAGCAGCAAAUGCCGAGCAGCUCGGCGGGAGCCAGUGGAUCGGGAGCGGGCCCGAACGUCGUAGGAGGAGGAGGCGUGCGAAGAGCACCAGCAAGUGCUGGUCGUGCCGAUGGCAACCGUUCGAGCGCCAGCAGCGAGGGAUUCUGCGAGAACGACGACUUCGGAGGCGACAACAGCAGCAGCCACAACUAUUGCACACCGGCGCAGGCUGUGCCCGGCCAGAAGUCGACCCUUACCGAGUCCGAUUCGCAGAGCAGCUUCGAUGCCGUCUCCCAGCAGAGCAAAGACGAGCCCGGCCUGGGGCCCGGCGGUGGCGUAGGCCCCGGCGGUGUGGGUGGUGCCGGGGAGCAGGGAGUUUGCUCCACCUCGGACACCUCGUCGGCAUCGUCAUCCUCGUCGGCAUCGACGGCUUCGGGCAGCUCGAACAGUUCCACCUCAUCCAUGCUGAUGGCCGGACAGGAGGCAGUUGUGGAAGGAGGCUCCUCGACGCAGCAGCCAGCCCGAAGGUUGAGCAAGGACGAGUCCUUCAGCAGCAGCAGCGAUGACUUCGCCCAUGCAGCGGUGGGAAGAGGCGGAGCCAUGCCAUCUGGCAGCGGAGGAGUGCCCAUACCAGCAGGAGGCGAUUUGACGCCUGUGCCCAGCACCUCGGCAGCGGCUCGAGCGGCACUGGCGGCAGGUUCUGGCUCCACAGCCAUGGGACAGGCAGCCGUGCAGACGCCUCACCUGCCAGGAGCAGGGAUCGGCAUCGGCAUGGGCAUGGCAAUGGGCAUAGGACUGGGAAUGGGAAUGGGACUGGGAGGAGCAUCGAUGAAUCCACACCCACCCAGCGGCAGCAGCGUCUCCCACUCCAAUUUUGCAGCGGCCCGUGCCCUGGCUGCCGCCGUGGCUGUGGCCCACGACAAACCGCACAUCUUCUCGAAUGUGCGGCCCACAGAGGAUGCGUGGGACAUACUGCUGGCCCGGGCCGAGGGACUGCAUGCUCACGGCCAUGGCCAGGAGGCGUGCAUACUGGCCGUGCGUCUGGCCGAACAGAUGCUGGCCAAUCCCCCCAAUCUGCUGCUGGAGCUGCCGCCCGUGCCCAAGCGGAAGGGCAAGAAGCAGAACGUGAAUCCGAUCUCCCAUCAGCUGACGGUGGUGGCCUCGGCCACCCUGUCCAAGUGCGCCUUCCUCUGCACGGUUCUGUCGGAGAACUCGGAGCACUAUCACAUCGGCUUCCGGAUAUGCCUGUUCGCGCUGGAGAUGCCUCGACCGCCGGCCAGCACCAAGCCGCUGGAGGUGAAGCUGGCCAACCAGGAGGCGGACAUUUUGGCUCUCCUCAAGCGCCUGCCCCUGGCCGCCGCGGAGCUGCAGGUGAUACGAGAGCGGGCCGAACAGCUACGCAGCGGCACAUUCAAGACCCGCGGCGAGGCCCUGCUGCCCAUCAAUCUGGCCACCUUCAUCUUUGAUGCUUUGGUCACCCUCAGUCAGCAGACCGUGGGCUCCAGCUCCGUCUCGGUGGCGGGAUCGCUGCCUAACAAGAGCCUGGUCAGCUGCGGUUCGCGGCUGCUCCUCUACAAGCAGAACAACGACGAGAAUCUGGGCUUUGAGGCCGCCGUGGCCGCUCUGGGGCUGAAGGCCAAUGUCUCCGAGGCAGAGCAUCCGUUGCUGUGCGAGGGAACGCGACGACAACGUGGCGAUCUGGCCCUGACCCUGCUCUACCACUACAAGGACGAGCCCCGGAAGAUAGCCAAGAUCAUGGAGAAGCUGCUGGACAGGGAUAUACACACCCUGCUGAAGGCCCCUCUCCUCUCUGCCUACUACUCCAGCAAUCCCCCGGUGCGGACGCCCAGCAAUCAACCCUCGCGGCGCGAGGAGCACGACUAUGGGGGAGGAUCCAGUGGAGGCUCUGGCUGCAGUGGAGGUGGAGGAGCAUCGAGCUGUAAUCCCGGCUCGGGCGUUGUCAAUCUCUGCGAACUGUUGCCGGCGGACUAUGGCAGUGUGGGUGGCAACAGCCGGCCCCAUAGCUCGACCAGUGCCGAACUGGAGCUGAGCAUGUGCGCUUUGAGCAUGGCCAUCAGCAGUGCGGGCAGCCAGUCCGGCCAGGGCAUGCUCCCCGGCGGAGGAGGAGGCGGUGGUCAGGCGGGCGGCGGCGGCGGCAACUCGGGAACGGGGGCCAAUGCCGGCACCUCUGGCAGCGGCGGCAACAGCAACAACAACAAUCCCAAUGGUAAUCCCAAUGGCUCCGGAGGAGGAGGCGGAAGCAACAGCAGCGGCCGGAGCAAGGAGAGCCGAUACAAGGGCAAACGGGCCUACCCCUCGAUACCCAACCAGCCCUCGGAGGCGAGCGCCCACUUUAUGUUCGAGCUGGCCAAGAACGUGCUGACAAAGGCCGGCGGCAAUAGCUCCACCUCGCUGUUUACGCAGGCGAGCACCAGCCAGAACCACCACGGACCCCAUCGGGCGCUGCACAUGUGCGCCUUCCAGCUGGGUCUGUACGCCCUCGGGCUGCACAACUGCGUCAGCCCGAACUGGCUGUCGCGCACGUACUCGUCGCACGUCUCCUGGAUCCUCGGCCAGGCCAUGGAGAUUGGGGCGCCGGCCAUCAGUUUCCUGAUAGACACCUGGGAGGCGCAUUUGACGCCGCCCGAGGCGGCUGGCAUGGCAGAUCGGGCCUCACGCGGCUGGGACAGCAACAUGGUGUAUCCGGCCGCCGAGCUGGCGUUGUCCGUCCUGCCGCAUGCCGCCGCCCUCAAUCCCAAUGAGAUACAGCGCGCCAUACUGCAGUGCAAGGAGCAGAGCGAUCUCAUGCUGGAGCGGGCCUGCCUCACCGUCGAAACGGCAGCCAAGGGCGGCGGCGUCUAUCCGGAGGUGCUCUUCCAGGUGGCCCGCUACUGGUACGAGCUGUAUAUGCGCGUCUCUCCCAACAACAGCGAGCACGAUCAGCACGAGGACCCCAUGGACCACUCGGCGGUCAGCCUGAGCGCCCUCAUCGAAUCCCAGCAGCAGCACGAGAUGCAGCAGCAGGUGGCGGCUCACCAGCAGCAGCAGCAACAGCAGGCGGCGGCCCAGCAGCAGCAGCAGCAACAGCAGCAACAACAACAACAGCAGCAGCAGCAACAACAGCAGCUGGGAAUGUCGAAUCCCGGAGGGCCAGGAGCGGGUCCCCUUUCUGUGGCGGUGCCCUCGCCCGUUGUCACAUCCGUGAACACGCCGCAGGCUUUCCAGCCCGGCGUCGGAGUGAACGUGGGCGUAGGCGUGGCUGCUUUGGCGCCCAUCGGGCUGGCUCCGUAUGCGCCGUACAGCUUCUGCCAGGGAAUAUAUGCGCAUCACCACAAUCUCAGCUACCCGCCGAGCCAGAUGCAGAUGUACAUCUCCGCGGGUCCACCGCCUCCGCCCCAGGCCUACGCCGGAUACCAGCAGCAGCCGCAGCAGCAGCCGUCGACACAGCAACAGCAACAGCAGCAGCAGCAACAGCAGGUGCAGAUGUCUGGCCAGGCGCCGCCGGGUCAUCCGGUGCAGGGCCACCAGCCGCCGCCAGCAUUCCAGGCGCCGCCACCGGGCGCUUUCCAGGCACUGCCGCCACAGGCGUAUCAGGCCCUGCAGGCGGGACCGCCAGGACCGCCGAUGGGACCACCGCAAGGCUAUUACGGACCGCCGCCUCCGCCGCCGCCCAAUGGUCCGCCCGUUGGAGUGGGCGUGGGUGUGCCCAUGCGCCAGCAUCAGCAUCAACAUCCCGUGUAUCCAUUCAUGCAGCAGGCGCCACCACCUCCGCCCCAGCAGCAGCAGCCACCUCCCUCCCAGCCGCAAGUGCGACAGCGUCAGCCACAUCAAUUCACAUCCACUCAGCUGCGUUAUCUGCUGGCCGCCUACAAUGUGGGAAUGCUGGCCAUGGAGACGCUGGCGCGACGCGUUCACGAUGAUCGUCCGCAGGCCAAAUAUGCCCGCAAUCCUCCAUACGGCGAGGAUGUCAAGUGGCUGCUGAGGAUCAGCAAGAAGCUGGGCACCCAGUAUCUCCACCAGUUCUGCAUCUGUGCUGUCAACUCGAUCGUGAGUCCGUUUGUGCUGCACGACGUGGCCAUUGAGUCGGCCCACUAUCUGGGCAGGAAUAACCAUCAGCUGGUGAUGCAGCAUCUGCGUUCGGCGUUGACGCCGCUGGUGCAGAAGUGUCAGCAGAUGUACAUCCAGUGCAUACACCAGAAGCUGUAUCAUCUGACGCAGGGGGAUUACGAGGAGUUUGCCAGCAUUGUGGUGGCCGCCAGGGCCGCUUUUCAGAUCACGCCCGAGGGCAGUGCCCAGUUCAAGGACUGGCUGCAGUCCAUCAAGAGAUCGAAAUCCUGCAAGAAGGAACUGUGGACACAGAUCAAUGCGGCGCUCCAAAGCAAUUCUAAAUGACAAAGACUUGACUCCUGCACUCUGAUGACGGCAGUGGCAAAUGCAACAGCAGCAGCGGCCGCAGCGGCGGUAACGGCGGCGGCCGGCGGCACCACCACAACGACAGUUGCAACAGCCACCACAACGGGAUCGAAUACAGAUGCAGGCAGCAGUUCAGAAGCAAAACAACAACAAAGCAAAUCAACAACAGCAGCAGCAGCGACCACCAGCAACAGCCUUGGCAGCGGUAGCGGUAGCGGCAUUGGCAGUAACACGAACAAAACCAGCAACGAUCCGGCAGCAGGGAAAACAGCCCUACACAGGAAAACACUACAUUAUCUACUGGAGACGCCCACAACCAGCACAGCCUCGCCUACAGCAGCAGCAGCAGCAGCGGCGGCAACGGUGACAACAACUGCUGCGGCAGCAACAACAGCUGGAGCUGCCACAACAUCGACAGCAACAACGUCAGCCCCGUCCGGACAGGGCUAUGUGCGUCCACCCCUUCUGGGAGGUGGACCAAUGCCACCAACAACAACCACACCGAUGGUGGGUCCGCCAUUAAUACCCAGAUCAGCCGCUGCAGUGGCAGCAGCAGCAGCGUCCGUGCACGCUGCCUAUCAGUCGCUGUCCUACUAUCAGGCGGCGAAUGUGGCGCGACAGCUGGCACAGCAUGCACACAACCACCAUAACCAUGUACAUGGCCACCCGCUGGCGCCCCAUGCACACCCCCAUCAGUACCAGCUGCAGUCCCUCAGUCACUAUCAUCAGCAGCUUUAACAACGUGCCAGCGGCGCUGCCCCUGGCGCGCCUAAUCGCAUCCCUCCAGCGCUUUGGCAGUGGUGGCCACAAGGACCCGGCUGCUGUCGCCUGCAUCCGGCCGCAGCCGCACUCGCAUCCGCCUGCCCAUGCGGCAGGCCCCAACCCAAUAGCGCAGGAAAUGCACGUCGUCCGCCGCUACUGCCACUGCCGACAGGCGAGGGACAGGCUAGUGAUGAUGGUGCUUCUGCCUCUUCUGAUGAUGGGCCUGCUAGUGCUGCUGGUGCCGCUGCUAAUGAUGCUUCUGAUGCCGAUGCUUCGGAUGAUAACCCGGUGACGCCCACAAAAACCACCAAGGCACCAAAAUCCCCUGAACCCAAAUCUCCCACAUCCCCAUAGUCCCCCAAACAGCCCACAAACAUCCCUCUGAAACAACAACCACCGCACUUAGUUAAUGUUAAAUAUAAUUUUGUACGUUAGUUUUUAGUUCGAGUUUAUUUCGAAUUUCUUUCGUAAUCGUAUCGUAUGAAUUUUUGUAUCCAUUAACUACAGAUUUUGUGUGGUUCGUAUCUGUGUGUGUGUAUGUGUGUGGGUUUGAUAUAUUAGACUGAGAAAUCUGCCAACAGCAACAACAACAACAAACAACAACAACAACAACAACCGCACACCCAGACACACAACAAGAAAAGCCACAGAAAACAGACAAAAAA